AUGGCAGCUUAUACUGCUGUAAUUUCUCUUCUUCAAACUCUUGAUCAACCAAAUAUUUCAGAACUCUUUCAUGAUCACAGUACUGAAAUGUUCGAUUCUCUUCGUGCUACAGCUGAAUAUUUUCAAGAUGUUCUUGAAAACACUAGCAAUGAGAAAAUCAAAUCUUUGGAGGAAGAUAUUAGAGUUGUUGUUAGUGAGGCAGAGGAUGUUGUUGAAAUGAAGAUUUCUGAAAUCAUCAAAGAAGAAAGCUGGACAUUUGGAAUUUUACAACACCAUGAUAUGCUACCAGUUGUUGAAAAAAUGGAUACCACAAAGAAACAAGUGAUGGAGAUUCUUUGUCAUGAUGCUGAUCAAAUUCUUGAAUUAACCGGGGAUUCCUUGAUUGGCGCUUCUUCUAUGAGUGAUCCAAUGCUGUCAGAUCAGUUGGAAGAUGAUAUUGUGCAGGGACUUGAUGGUGACUUGGAGAUAAUAGAUAAGAGAUUGAGAGGACCAACGUCGGAUCUAGACAUUGUCACCAUAUCAGGUAUGGGUGGCAUUGGCAAAACAACACUCGCUAAAAAAACUUAUGAUCAUCUUCCAAUCAGAAAUGUAUUGUUAGAAGCUUUACAUUGCAUUUCAAAGCAAAGAGUUAUUGAGAACACAAAAGAUUAUGAUAAGAUGAAUGACAGUGAGUUAGCUGAUCUGGUGCAAAAGAGUCUAAAGGGUCCUAGAUACCUUGUUGUUGUUGAUGAUAUUUGGAGUAGGGAUGUUUGGGAUAGCAUAUCACAAAUAUUUCCUAAUCGCAACAAUGGGAGUCGAGUCUUAUUGACUACUAGGGAAACUGAUGUAGCAAUAUAUGCAAAUACUAGUAGCCCUCAUAAGAUGAACCUCUUGGAUUUAGAUAAUAGUUGGAAGUUACUCCGUGAUAAGGUGUUUGGACUAGAAUACGAUCAUCCUCCUGAGUUGGAAGAAAUUGGAAAAAAAAUAGCAGAAAAAUGUCAAGGACUUCCCUUAAUAAUUUCAGUGAUUGCAGGGCAUCUCUCUAAAACGGCCAAGACAUUAAAAAGUUGGGAGUAUGUUGCCAAAACCUUAAAUGAAAUCAUUGCUAGCCAUCCAAAUAAAUGCUUAGGAGUGCUCGGUUUGAGUUACCAUCACUUGCCUAAUCGACUCAAACCAUGCUUUCUUUCUAUGGGUAAUUUCCCAGAGGAUUUUCAAGUUGAUACUUGGAGAUUGAUCCAAUUAUGGAUCGCAGAAGGUUUCAUAAGGGCACCUGCUGGAAGUCGUAAAAGCUUGGAGGAAGUGGCAAAAUGUUAUUUGGAGGAUCUUAUCAGCAGGAACUUGAUAAUGGCUUGA